GCACGCACCCGCUUCAAAAAGUGCCGCUCCAGAGGUAGAAACAUUGAAGUUUGUUGAUAGCUGCAACUCUGUGGCUCUGUGCAACGAAUAUAAGCCAAAAUGAGUACCAUGAAAUUUUGCCGAGAAUGCAACAACAUUCUCUACCCUAAAGAAGAUAAAGAUCAGAAGAUUCUGCUUUAUGCUUGCCGCAACUGCGAUCACCAGGAGGCUGCAGAUAACAAUUGUGUCUAUAGAAAUGAGAUACACCAUGCAGUUGGGGAACGAACUCAAGUUUUGCAGGAUGUGGCUGCUGAUCCAACUCUUCCACGCACAAAAGCAGUUCGGUGUGCUCAAUGUGGUCAUGGAGAGGCUGUUUUCUUCCAGGCAACUGCUAGAGGGGAAGAAGGGAUGACAUUGUUCUUUGUUUGCUGCAACCCCAACUGCGGUCACCGGUGGAGGGAUUAAGACCACCCCAUCUCAUUCUCAGGACAAUGUGGAUCACUCACUCUAAAGAGAAACACUCGCAUGAUGUUGGAUAUGUAACGGUAAUCACUCAUGUGUAAUAAAUGCAAUACUUGGAUGAUCAAAGAAUGUUUGGAGCUUUGAAUGUUUGUCAUUUUGCUCAACAACUGGAGUUCUUUUUUUC